GUUUCUCUUCAGGAACGGCGGUGCUGGUCUCGUGAGUCCUGAACUUGGGAUGUCACAGUGCAAACAGACACACUUUGAUCUACCUUAUCAUCAUGCCUAUACUACAGUCGAGCUGGUGCAGUUUACACGUGAGUCAACUCGCGGUUCUUGGCGGAAGCGCGCGUGCGCUGUAGCUGCCACGCGCAGAGGGAAAGUGGCAGCUCGGGCGAGCGCGCACACACAUCAUCAUUCAGAGGCGCUGCGCGAGACCGGACACAACGCACUGCUGCUCCUCUCAUAUUGGAUUUACAAACGGCGAUUGUUAAAGAAGUGCACUAAAAAGUGGAAGAAAGUGAUGGAUGAAAGAAUACCCAGAAUGCAGGGGAGACAGUUCCUGGAUCACGCGGAUUUCCUGGGGGUUGAAUAUUCAUCUCUAUACAUGUGCAAAUCGAAACGAGGCAUGAAGAGAGAGGAGGGAAAGGACGCUUACAAGUUACCACACAGACUGAUCGAGAAAAAGAGGAGGGACAGAAUAAAUGAAUGUAUCGGACAACUGAAAGAUUUAUUACCAGAACAUCUAAAACUUACGACUCUAGGUCAUUUGGAGAAAGCAGUCGUUCUUGAAUUGACGCUGAAGCAUUUAAACGCGUUGACAGCUGUCACCGAGCAACAGCACCAGAAAAUCAUCGCUUUGCAGAAUGGGGAACGAUCGUUAAAGACCUCGCUUCAGGCGGAUUUAGACGCUUUCCAUUCGGGCUUUCAAGCGUGUGCCAAAGAAGUCCUGCAGUAUCUGAACAAGGUGGAGAACUGGACCGCGCGCGAGCAGCGGUGCACGCGACUCAUCAACCACUUGCACAAAGUUUCCGCGCAGUUCCAGGCGGGCGCGCGGACGCUGCAGCAGCCGUUACCCGGCGACGAGGCUUCAGAGCGAGACGCACAGAGAGACACGCAAGCCAAUUGCGUGCCCGUCAUUCAGAGUACUCAGAACCUUGAGCUGAACGAGAACGACACGGACACCGACAGUGGAUACGGAGGAGAGGCGGAGAAAGGCGACGGUAAAGAGGCGAAAGGAGUUAAAAUCAAACAGGAGUUUGGAGACGAACGGGUCACCAAGAAACCCAAAAUGAACUGGAGUGCGAACGGUGCGUCUUGCGCAGAUUCUGCCCGGCCGGACGUGGCGUUUAUGAGCUCGUUAAUGGGAAUGACAGGUGUGGGUGGACAACAAACUCCGUUUUGCAUGCCGUUUUACUUCAUUAACCCGUCCGCUGCAGCAUCAUACAUGCCUUUAUUUGAUAAAAGUCAUUUGGAGAAGUUGGUGUAUCCGGCGGCGCUGACCGCCCCGUUUCCUUGGCUUUACCCCGCGCAUGCCUCUGCAGCAGCCGCGGCCGCCGCUGCCGUCGCUUUCCCCGGUGUGCCCAACGAUAAAAGCCCUGAUUAUAACCCAACAUCCUCAAAUGACACAGAUCCGCCUUCUCCUGAUGGUGACCUGUCGAAUGGGGGCGACCUGGCCUCUCCUGUAUCUGGGGAACAUGGCUCAGAUAAUGAUGCUGGUCAUCAGCCCCAAAGAAAUGAAAAUGAUGGUACAUAAGCUGAUCCUUUACUGUUUACUAAUUUGCUUGUAAAAUGGCUUAUAUUUAUCCGUUUAUUAAUUUAAUUGUCAUUAUUGAGUAUUUCUAUGGAUUUUCAAAGCAAAGGCGUUUGUUUUAUUUUUUCAUACGAUAUUGACUCAAAGCAGUUAAAGUGUCACAACAAAAUUGGUUUCUGGUUUUUAAAAGGGGAGAGUGGGGGACGUUGUAACAGCCAGUGCCUUUAGCACUGAGAUAUCUGAAUGAAAAUCCAAACUGAUUGACAAAAACCAUUAUGACCUUGUCUUGCUAUCCAAUGGCAUAUUGCUAUUGACUGAAAAUGAAUGAAAUCUCAGACUUUUAUUUAGUAUAUUUUAUGGAUUUUUUAUUGUUGUUGCAUUUUUUUAAAUGCAGAAACUAGUUUAGUGCAAUAGAUAUGAUAAUAAUCAUCUUUAAGCUACAGAAUGCCGAGUUCGAGUUCUUUUCAAAGAUUUGGAAAUCACAUACUGGACUCUUGGAUGUAAUGUUCAAUACUGACCUCAAGCAGGCUGGCGUGACUGCUACAGUAUUUGUCAGAUAACUUUCUAUUUGCUAGUGAGACUAGAUAUUGUCCUUGACAGGAUCAGUCAUAUUUUCUCUUUUAACAUUUAGUGCUUGAAACAGUUAAAUACCUCAACAUACCAUAGUGUUUGGACCAGCACUCGUUCUUGUAGAUGCUCCUCUGGUAGGGGUGGGGACAAAACUUUUUUAACAUUUCCAAUUGGACAAAUCUCGUGAGCAACAAUCCUCUGAUGUAAUGUUACAGACGCCCCCGUCUCUCUCUCCUGAAUAAUACAUACAGACAAACAGUUACUUCGGAAGGCUCUAAAUUAGAAAGGUGGUGCCAAUUACCUUUUAAUCAUUAUUGAAAGUGCUUGUGAUUUCAGGAUAAUGUUUUACCAACAGCAAAAAUUUGUCUCCAUCGUGUGACACAGAGCGUCACAUUGCUUGCACCUCUAGCUAAAAUGUACAAGGUAUAUUAGCACCUUAUGGAACUUUGAUAUUGAAUGUAAUCUGUGUUCUUUUGGUAGAUAUAAAAGUUUGUACUGUAUAUAUUCUGAUAAAAAUAGUUAUUUAAUCCAGAGGUAAAGUGCACUUUUUCUUGCCUUCUCAAUUUCCUAUAACACAAUCCUCACUCUUCAUAUUUAAGCCAAUGCCCUUUGAACUCAAACUAUGAUGUAUGUUUUCUUAAAGAAACUUCUUUAACACUAAAAGGUAUCUACAGUAUGUAUAUAUAACAUCAUGGUACUUUUGGAUUAGCAAAUUCAAAGAUCUUCAAAGCUCACCUUACCUCUAUGGGCCGCCUCAUUUUUUGUCCAAUAACAGUUCUUUGUAGGAAACUCUCACCAUUUUGGUAGAAAAAGUGUAUAUGGUUAAACAUUUAUUAUUAUUAUAUCAUUCAUGGUUUGCCUUUCUAAAACAUUGUCACAUUGACCUGUGAAAAGCAAAACAGUACAGGUAUGGGCCAUGGUGUGUAUUGUACAAAUGUUGUGAAGCACUGUAACAUAAAAAAUGAAUUAAAAGAUGCUAAACAGACCUUUGGACUGGAUAGAUUGUGUAGAUCAGUUUUCAACACACGUUUCAAUGAAUGUCUUCAGUUUAUGCCUGGGUUCAUGAAUGCAUAGGAACAGUAAUGUAUGAUUUAUGUUUAUACUGUAAAACAUUUCAUAGGCCCUUUAGUGUCUCUGCCUCAACCGUCAUUUGCCUAAACAGUGGCAUGUGGAUGUACAUAGUUUGUGAAUACGCUGUAUGUUUAAUGUUGUAGAAGAAAUCUAUGGAUUUUUUUUAAGGAUAAACUGAGCGACCGCUGCACAUUUCCUUAAUGCUUUACACAUUUGCUGUUCGAAAUUACGCAGCUCAGUUCUGAAAUAAACAUAAGCUCAUGUGAACAAAAUGU